CGUGCAAGCAUGCGCGUGGCGCGAGCUAGGGAAUUCAAUGGUCGCACUUGAUCAGAACCAACUGCCGCCACAGCUUUCGCGUUAAUCAAGAGAGCCAUCUUGUUCGCCCUUGGACAUCGCGCCUUGCGUGCGAGAAGGACAUCGGCUGUUCGUCGUAAGACCGCCGCGCAAGAUGAACCGCGGCAAGGCAAACACAAGCAGCGCACGGCCACCGUCCAAGGUGGCUGCGAGCCACAGCCAGCGUAGUUUGGGCAAGACUUCCCAAUCCAGUCGCCCGAAUCCGCCCGGCCUGACACAGAGAAAGGUCUCCGCCUCUUCCAAGUCAUCCACGUCCUCCAGUAAGAGCGCGUCUUCGCGGAGGGGCACCGAGACCGACACCAAAGGAACAACGUUCGCGGCUUCUUCGAAGGCCAGCGCCAGGAGGAAGACCAUGACGACGACGAAGACCAGCGGCGAUCCUUCGCCAGCUCACUGGGCCGAGAGUCAACGUCCAGGGCCCGUCACGGUCACGCAGCACGCAACGACCAACGCCGACGAUGCCAAGAAGCCGGUUGACUCGAAGCCUACGAAGAAGGCUGCCGCGAAGAGCCACCAUUCGGAGGGAGCUGCAUUACAUCCCGAAGCAGAACAUCCCAACCACGUUACUUCCAAGGUCUUGCGAAAAAGCAUCGAUGUCGGCAAGACCAAGAGUCAGCGUGACGCCACGAAGGAUGACUUGGGAAAACCCGCUUCGGACAAGACAUCCGUCUCUGAAGUCGACAAGUCUGGCAAGGCGGACAAAGGGAAGACUUCAGUGGAGAGCAAGUCGCCCAUACGCAGGAUGUCAUUGCUGAAGACUAUACUAAAGCGCAAAUCGCUCGCGGUCCUGAAUGCCGCCGGUGAAGCGCUGACCAUGCAUACACCAUCGAGGACGCGUCCUGAGAAGCCCAAGUCUCCGGUACAUGCGGCAGCCCCCGACAAGCCGGAAACUACGUUCAACGCUAGGGCUUCUCUUGCAAAAAUUUCAGCUAUGAAUGAGGAAAGCGGCCACAGCGAGCUGGACAGCCAGCAGCAGCGAUGCCUGGCUCUGGGUGGAGCGCUCUCGCUCACGCUGCUGAUGAUCAUCUUCUUCAGCGUCGUCAGCUACAUCCUGCGCAGCAGAAACCCAAUCAUCCCAGUGGCCUGCCAAACGGCCGAGUGUGUCGCCGCCAAGGAGUACGUCGAAGGACUGCUCGGGGACCCCAAGCUCCGGUGCGCGAACUUCUACAAUUACGUGUGCGGGCAAUUCAUCACGAACCGCUCGAGCGUGAGCGCCGGCGCCUUGGAGAUCGUGCACAACCGGCUGCUCGCGGACCAGCACAGGAGGCCGGACAAGAUGGGCGGCCACGUGGCGGCACGCGUGUACAGCAGCUGCCUGCAGUUCGUCGAUCUGCGCGAGACGCCGGCCGCCGCGAUGCGGGAGGCGUGCAGGACCAUCAACUCUGAGCAGCUGCGCGCGGCCACCACUUUCGCGGAGAUCGUCAAGGUUUUGGCCAGCGUCUCUCUCCAGCGGGGUCUGCACACCGUGCUCGAGAUUGGUCUCGUGAACUACACAAAUCCCGGGAAUGUCUCGCUGCGCUUUUCCCCGGGCAGAUCUAUCCAGCGCAAGUUCAACAAGGACAACCACGGCGACCUGGAGCGGAACCUGAAAGCCGCGUUUGCUUGGGCGCCUGAGGUCAACACGACUGCAGCCGUGAACCUCGUGUUGGCCCUCGACAAACGCGUCGAAGAAGCGUUCGCCGCCGGCGCGCGACACGGCGACGAAGAGAAUAUGACGCUGCGCAGUUUUGUCCACGACCUCAUUCCCGCUGUCACCACGGAGGAGUGGGUGUCUGCCUUGACGGCCGCGAACCCCGACUCCUUCGUCGCGAGCCCCGAGACUCCGUGCUUCGUCACGGCCCUGGGCGGCGUUCGCGACGCCUUUCGCCAGCUGGUCGCGGUCGGCGUCCACAAGGCCGCCUCCUACCUCGCGGCGAACCUCGAGGCAGAGGUCGCCCUCUUCGAGGAUGCGAGGCAGAACCUAAGGUCGGACGCAGCUGCUAAACACCGCUUCUGCCUCGACGCGACACGCCGCUGCAUGGCCUCCGCCUGGCAUCCUUUGGCCGCGAAGAUCCUGCAAACCUCCGGCCAAUACAGCGUUGUCAAGGACAUGUACGGCACGCUGCGCCACGUCUUCAGCUCCGGCAGACGCAGGCCCCUGUUCACCUGGCUAGAGCCGAAGGUGCACGCCGCGGCAAUCAAGCGGCUCGACCGCACCUCGGUGACCGUGAUUGGCGCCGAAGAGGAGUCCCAGGGCGUUGCCGCCGACUACGCCGGCUUCACGCCCACCGUGACUGAGCCGAAGGAUUUCGUUGACGGAUACUUGAGCACCCGGAGACAGACCCAGAAGAUGCAAAUAGCGGCGCCUCCGGCACGUAGGCAGGUAGUGUACGCGAACAUGGAGCUCACCGGCACUGCCUUUUACGAUUCCGGGCUACGCGCCAUCGUGCUGCCCCCAGUCUUGCUGACAGAGCCGUACUUCUACGGCAGCGUGCUGCCGUUGCAGUUCAACUACGCCACUGUCGGAGCCGUGCUGGCUGUCAGGAUGGCCCAGGUCAUCGGCACGGAAGUGCCGACUGGCAACGGCAAAAGUGGCCAGGACAAUCCAAGGGCCCAUUGGAGCGAGACGGCUUUGAGCAACUUCCAAAAGAGCGUCCAGUGCCUCCAGGAGCUGCGUCAAAAUCUUUCCCUUCCCGCCAGUCCAACCAACUCGCGGCGGGAGCAGGAAAGCAUCUUGCUUGCCUGGAUGCAGGGGCUGCGUGCGGCGUACGAGGCGCUCCUGAUCUGGUUCACCCAGGAGUCCGGUGACCCCGACGUCUUCAGCCGCUACUGGCAGGCCGCGCAGGUGCUGUUCUUCGCGCGCUUCUGCUUGCUGUCGUGCGGCGACGGUGGCGACGCACAGCGGCGCGACACGAGCGCCUCGCACGUGGCGCUGCGCGACCGCUGCCUGCUUCCCCUGCACAACAUGCGGCAGUUCGCCGAGGCGUUCGAGUGCACCGCCAGCGAGAGGUUCGUGGUCGGCCAUUGCAAGCUCUGAGGCCAACUGUGCGAAGGCGGCAAACGCUGCUUCGAUGCGUGUAGCGCGGUGGCCGGUGUUUGUGUAGUAGAAGCCGCCACGUGCCUUUAACGAAGCCUCUCCGCAGACUGCAGCUGCACAUGUGCAUUAUGUGUGGCGCCAGGCGUUGUACUGUUCUGAGGAAUUGUACUGUUCUGUAGUGUAAGAUUUAGUCUUUCUUGUUGUCGUUCAUAUUUCUUUUUUAAAUGCCAGUGUUCGAUACCCGCAGUUAGUUACGCCAUCGCAAUAUUUAUAAUUACGUACACUUUGAAACUAGCAGUAUGUCACGUGGCAAUUGGUAUUAAUCCUAAGCAUGCCGAAUCCUAUAAUGAUCGUGUUGCUUGACGUGCCUUCCAUAUACUAAAGCGAUCGGUGUUGGAAAGAGAAUAGUUGUGUACAGACGCAGUUGCGUCUGUGCUUUCGGGUGAUUGCAUUGAGUGAUAGGACGAUGAUAUACAGUGCUAACGCUACAUGUAUUGCACGUUAACGGGCACAUCAGACACUGCCUCACGAUUUUCGCGUAAUUAAAAUGCAUAUAUGCGGCUGUUUGUAUCCAA